AAAAAACACACACACACACAUUUCAUUAAUUUGUGAAGUCAGCUGCGGCGGCGUCUUUACGAAUUAUAAAAAAAGGUGUGGGAUCAUCUUUACAAGCGGCGUAAAGCAAAAAUCAACAAUUCAAAGAUCGAGAUUCGGACCCAAACUUUUAUGCUCUUUUGACUCUGCAAAAAGGAGAAAGAGUUGGAUUUGCAGAGGAUUCUAUUUUCUAAUUAUGUUACUUCAAUCUUGCAACUCUUUCAGCUGCCCAUUCAAUAAUGUUGAUCCCCCUAAAGCGCCUUUUUUGAUACAAAAAAAUUCAAGAAUUCCUUCUUAUUUUCCAUUUCGAUGUGUAUCUAACCUCGCGUGUCCUACAAUUGCACUCAGUGAUGUUGCUGGCAUUUUUCAGAACAAGGUUUUGAUAGCUGCAGCUGUAUCUGCAGCAAUUGGGCAAUUAUCAAAGCCAAUAACUUCAACUAUAUUAUAUGGCAAGAAUUAUGAUUUUAAGGCUGUCGUUCACGCUGGAGGGUUCCCUUCUACACAUUCCUCUGUAAUAUUUUCUACUGUUCUGCUUAUGCAUGAGAUUGCUGUUGUGGCCACUGCAACUUCACUUGGUUUGGAGAGGGGUUUCUCUGACGUAAUUUUCGGUUUAGCUGUAGUUUACGCAGGCCUUGUCAUGUAUGACGCGCAGGGAGUUAGAAGGGAAGUCGGCAUUCAUGCGAAAGAAUUAAAUAAGGUUUUGCUAAGCACCAGAACGAGUUCAACUUCCUCUAGUAACGAUGCCAGCACAUUCACCAACUCUUUCCCUGGAGACUUAUCUUCCGAUUUAGAGAGCACUGACCCUCUUCUCUUGGAGGAACAGAGGUCUUUUCAGACAAAACAGGCAAAUGCUUCUCUGUUACUUAAAUCUGAGAACAGGAUAAAAAGCACGACAAUAAGAUCCUCUGGUGUGGCAUCGGAUGUCGGAGAAGAAUCAGUAGGUGUAUCUUAUGGUUACCCCACAUUAAAAGAAUCAGUAGGACACACAGAAAUUGAAGUUAUAGCAGGAGCCAUGUUGGGUUUCGUUGUUAGUUUAGCAAUAUGCCGAUAUGGAUAAUGAGAUUUAGUAUUCGAUUGUUUUAUAGCACUUCUUUUUUAAGGAUAUAAACACUUGAUCAACCUAUGGUUUAUUCACACAAGAAAUUCCCCGUAUUCUAUCUCUACACAAGUUGGAAAUUGGCUUCCUUUAUAAACAGACAAAUAUGAUUUCAAAA